AUGUAUUUAUGGACUAGUAUUGCAUUAUACCUUGGCUUAUUUGCCAGAGCGCAGCAAAACGCGAAUGCCCUUAUUGGGUUCAAUAGUGUUGAUAUAUCCUGGGAAAAUGUAUCAGCAGGCGUAUGCGGUGAUGCUGCCUCAUACGCUGGCUACGUGAAAUUUCCGCCUAAUUAUAUGAGGAAUAUUUCACAGGACUAUCCUAUCAAUACAUUCUUCUGGUACUUUAAGUCCCAGAAUGACCCCCAAAGUUCUCCUCUGAUUAUAUGGAUGAAUGGGGGCCCAGGCGCUUCGUCUAUGUACGGCCUUUUCACGGAGAACGGUCCUUGUUACAUCAAUCGCGAUCUUGCGCCGGAACUAAACCCCUGGUCUUGGAAUAGACAAUACAAUGUACUCUAUGUCGACCAGCCGGUCCAAACAGGCUUUAGUUAUGAUGUUCUUACUAGCGGCCUUCUUGAUCUAGAGACCGGCAACAUAAUCCCUUCGACCUCCAAUGAUCCAGGGAAUAACACUUUUAUCCCGGGUAAUUUUAGCAGUCAAAAUGUCAAGUCGACUGCAAAUACCACUGAAAUUGCAGCCAUACAUUUCUGGAACUUUCUUCAGUCGUGGGUAAAGAAUUUCACAGAGUACGACACCAGCGACAAUUCGAUCAGUAUCUGGACGGAAUCUUACGGUGGACGGUACGGGCCAAGCUUCUCUGCCUUCAUCCACGAGCAAAACCAUCGGAUUCAGAACGGCUCUUUGGCUGAUGCUGAGACUCUUAACCUCAAAACGCUUGGCAUCAUAAAUGGAUGUAUUGAUCUGCUCGUCCAAGAAACAUCCGACCCUGAGUUUGCCCACCACGCAAAUCCUUACAAUAUUUCUGGUAUUAGCGACGAGGAAUAUUCAAGUGCGUUGGAUGCAUACUGGCGACCAGAAGGCUGCCAAGACCAAAUCAACAAAUGCCUUAGUCUCGCGAAAGAUUUGGACCCGGAGAUGUAUGGUGACAAUACCGAAGUCAAUAACGCAUGUGAGGAUGCAAGCGAUUUCUGCCAAAAUAAUGUAGAGGGUCCUUAUUUAUACCGCAAGAAGUCGGCAUUUUAUGACAUUGCACAUUGCUACCUGGACGCAUUCCCCGGAAAUGAAUAUCUGGACUACCUCGCCAAUUAUGAUAUACGCAACAAGCUGGGUGUGCCUGUCAACUACACUGAUAUAUCGAAUACCGUUGGAAAGGCAUUCAAUGUCACAGGUGACUACACGAGGAGAGACCCAAAGGGCUACCUUGAAGAUAUCGGCACGCUCCUAGACUCAGGUAUACAAGUAGCCAUACUGAAUGGUGAUCGAGAUUAUGCUUGUAACUGGAUCGGCGGCGAACGCGUUAGUCUUAACGUAAUCUACGGGCAGAGCGACAAAUUCAAGAAUUCUGGGUACGCCGACGUAAUUCUACCCGGUUCCACGCCGGUAGGACAAGUGCGUCAACAUAACUUGUUCUCCUUCACCCGUGUCUAUCAGUCUGGGCAUAUGGUCCCCGCAUAUCAACCGGAAGUGGCCUACGCAAUUAUGAGGCGAGCCAUGCAAAAAAAGGACAUUGCUACAGGUGGUAUCGUCGUAACCGAGGACUACUCGACGAGUGGCCCUCCUAACUCGACCGUUAUCCUUGAAGCGCCUCCCGUUCCCUCAGUCACAUGUUACUUGAGAGGGAUGGGCACCACAUGCGCAGAUAACCAGAUCCAGGCCAUAAAAGACGGGAGUGCUAGUAUAGACAAUGGCGUGGUAGUAUCACCAACCCCUUCACCAGCUCUGUGUCCCGACCCCCCAGUGAGCUUCGGUACUGUAAGGAUGGGAGUAAAAGGUGAGGGUACAUCUUUGUUGGGACAUGAAGAACUUUGA